GCUCGAGCCGCAGAGUCGAGUUUGAAAUCGACAAGUGAAGAAAAAGCGGAAAUUCUAAAGUGUAUACUAAAGAGAGAUGAAAGCUAUUGCUACCUGCUCCCUCCUGCUCGUGCUGCUGGCACUCACCAGCAACACUUGGGCCGCCGAUUGCGAUGAGGCGAAAAAUCCAGAUGAUAGCGACUUCAAGCACUUCUUCAAGAAUAUCGGUUGCAAGGUGAAGCAGGGGGCAGAGGAUGUGGCCGAGGCGGCCAAGCCCUAUGCUGACAAGAUUGGCGAGGGUGCCAAGGACUUUGGUAACACUGUGGCUCAGAAAUACGAUCAGUUGAAGCAUCGUCUGACGGACGAUGCGCCCUCCUCCACCACAUCGACAGCGUCCUCAGGCGCCGCCCCUGUGCCCGUUGCACCCACCGAGCGCGUACCCUUGGCACCAAUCGGUGGCCCACAGUCCAGCCCCAUUUUGAAUGCUGACUCAAAGCCAGCACGUCGCUAACUAAAUCAAUCAAAAAACAAAAAAAAAACGCUUAUCAAAGUUCAUUUAUAAUAACAACUCAUCUAUCUAGAACAACUUCUAGUGACUCAAGCUUGUUUAAAUUUUUUUUUAAUGUAUGUACAUAUGUAUUAUACAUAUACAUAUGUAUACAUAAUGUAUACAAGUAUAUAUGAAAAUAUAAUGCUAUCUCUUCCUCAAUAAAAAUCCACACGUUUAAAUGAA